AUGAAUUCUGAAAACACCCCACUUGACCAAUGGGACGACUAUAGACUCCUGAGUCUGGAGGAGGAUGGGUUUAGACAGCGACGUGUUGAAAUUUGGUCAAGAUUACUCCAUGUUUCUGAGGGUCAGCCUAUGGACCCUACCGCUAGUGACUUGCCUUCACACCCCGAUGAACGACAAAUUCGUCUCGAUACCGAACGCAGUUUUGUGCUAUAUCCCGUAGAUACCAAAGCCGACAAGGACGAGUUACAAAAUGAGCUUCAUGAGCUACUAGUUCAACUGUUCCGCAAGAGGCCUGGUCUAAGUUACUUCCAGGGAUACCACGACAUCAUCACGGUGCUAUUGCUUACACUACCCUCAGAAUUGCAACUAUCCUGCGCUGAGCAAUUAAGCCUCCAACGAGUGAGGGACUCGAUGGGCUCGACAUUGGAGCCUGUCUUGGGACUUUUACGUGUUACGAGGAAUCUAAUUCGUCUUGUGGAUCCAGAGUAUGCGGCUCUUUUAGAACAAACUGCCCCGCUGCCUUACUACGCGCUUUCCAAUCUCUUGACUAUGUUUGCGCACGACAUGCCGACAUUACCUCUGAUACAACACACCUUCGAUUAUCUCCUCUGUCGUCCACCAAUCAUGGUGGUAUACCUCGCAACUGCGGUGAUUUUGUCGCGUAAAGCCGACGUUCAACGGUUAGAGGAAGAAGGCGAGGAGGGCAUGCUGCAUUCACUGAUGUCAGCUCUGCCUACUUUGGUGGAUCAUGAUACAGACAUCGUGGAAGAAUUCUUGAGUCUGAAUGACAACUCAGAGAAGCUACCGGAAAUCAACGAGGACGAAAUUCCUUCUAUGGACCAAUCUGAGAACAUGAACGAACCUCUUGGGCAGCUUGCAGCGCCAUCAAUCGACGAAUCCCCGGCUCCGAUUGUUGUCGGAGAAUCGUCUUCUGAACCCAUUGAGGACGAAUGCGACCCGCCUCUACCUACUCGUCCAAAACCGAAACCCCAGGUUUUGACCGCCCUACUUGCGGCAUCAGAUCAACUUUACAAUAGAUACCCACCGACACAUCCUUCCAUUCGCCUGUCUUCCAUAAUGGGCCCACAAAGCGUCGUAUUCACUUGGUCAGCUCGUGCAAAGGACAUGCCUUCGUCCGACGAAGCCGAAAGAAUGGUCCAACGCCUGGACCUGAUUGUCUACCCUGAACCUCUUCCCGUACCAGAACAGAAGAACACCCCUAGACGUCCUCACAAGCGAAUGUCCAACAACACAGGCCUCAUCGUCGGUGCUACCCUCGUUUUGGGUGUUGCAAUCGCUGUCUCCGUCUACGGCAAUCGUCAUAAUGGUGAUCCAGUUCGCGAGCUUCGUAAGACGGGUCAAUGGCUGGGAGGGCUACUCACAGGGGUUGCCGAAAGGAUUGCUAGGUAG